AUGGGUAUUGUUUACAUGCAGGCUGGGGUGGGACAUGUUGUACGUGCUGUACCGUCUGCCGACGAUCGUCCUCUCAAGGAAAAUGGAUCAGUUCGAGAAGGCCUGCGGACUGCUGAGGCAGAAGAAUUGGUUGCCAGCCCACCUGGUGACCUUCAACGACGUAGUCGCAUGGCUGUUGGCACUAGAAUCGAAGGGGACAACGAGAUCAGGGCACAAUGUCUGCGUCAAGGGAUUGUGGAGGCCCUCAAUCAGCCUGCUGGUGACAGACUGGGCACUGGCUCGACACUCAGGCAUGUGCACCCCUCCGCUGUCCGUCAGUUCAUUCAGGACAAAUACGCAGACUCAGGGCUGAGACGCCCUUUGACAGACCCCGACUUGAAGGCUUUGGAGGUCAAGGCAGGCGUGCGCGAAGUGGGCUCCGGAAGUGUCACGGACAUCUUCCAGUGGCAUGAGUUCCAGACAUGGUUCAAUGCCUGCCUGAGGUCGUUGAAGGUCGUCGAGCACCUGUGGAACGCAAGCGAUGUGAUGCGCAUCUGUCCGUUUGCUGUCGACCGCGAUGUCUCAGAGUGCCUCUUGAGGAGCCACCCCAAUGGCACGUUCCUCGUGCGGACUUGCUCUCUGCCAGGCGCCUUUGCAAUAUCCACAAAGGUGGAAGUCAGUGGGCUGACUCCAGAGGUCAACCAUGUGCUCAUCGAUGCUCUCGAUCUCAAGGGCCAGCCACUGGAGAAUUGGAUCACACAGAACGAGAUGGCACAGAACCUGUUGGACAUCCAGAGUGGCGAGUAUGCUCCAAAGUGCCUGGCAUUCCAGGCACAAGCUGUGGCACCUGUGAACUCGCCCUCCGAGCUGAGCAGCCCCUUGUGUGUAGCGGGCCCCCUGCUAAGCCCCUCGCCCCUGUCCAGCAUCACCACCAUCGACCCCGGCACGCCCACGUUCAGCAUCGACCGCGCCGCCAGCGAGGAGGCCCCGCCCAGCCUGAUGGUGUCAAUGCUGUCCCAGCGGCCCCUGCACAGUCAGAUUCACCUCCACGGCAGGCAGCUCCACCAGCAGCCCCCGCUGGCGCAGCGCGUGCGGCCAUUCGGCCAGGACGAUUUCAGGGGCCUGCAGCGCCUGGUGGACGCCGUGGGGGCAGGGCCGCACCAGCUGGCGGCUGCGGCUGUCAGGGGGCAGAUGCUGGGGAAGCGGUCCAGCAGCACGAGCGUGGGGACGACGCUGCUGGUGGGGGAGAGGCCCUACAAGAGGCAGCUGCUGGGCCUGCAGGACGACGAGUUCUUCCCCAUGCAGCACGCGCUUGGAGGCGUCAGCCACAUCGAGCACUGCAACGGGUGA